GAAAUGGUGGAAAAUGGAGAGGCCCAGCGGUGUAGAUUAGCAAGCUUAGCCAUCCUAUAUUGUGCUUCGAGGAGCUCGACGGGCUUUAUAGCCAAGAUCGAUCAGCCACGACCGGCUUAUUGGGCAAGGCGAGUAUAAUUCCGUGCCCGUGGCACAGUGGCGAGACAAGCCCAGCUGAAAACUAGGUCAGGAUCAACCAGGGGUGGUGAGUGUAUAGUUGAGACGGUAGGUGAGCUUGAGUAACGGGAGGUUGCGUAUCUCGGCCUACCAACGUGGGUAGGAGAAAAGAUGUCCCCCGGCGGCCCUCAUGCUUUUGACCAAAGCACCUGGCCGAUACCUAAAUAAACAGGUGCUCGAGUUGGCAAUCUCCUUUCUCUGCCCCUCCUCGUCCUCGCAUCGCAUCCGGCUGCGGCGGCGGGUCGCGCUCGUGAAGCUCUCUGUGCCUCCCUGGUUCGUGCUUGCAUCCGAACGAGGAUAUCAAGCAUCCUCUGCCGGGAAUUCGCUCCCCCAUCCCUCCCUUAGCCCCCCUGGCCACAACGUUAGAGGCCGAGCGAUUGUAACCGGGCCCGAACUCUCUCCUCAGUCUUUGGCCACGGGACUUCACACGAUGGCCAGCGUAGAAAGAGAUAGCAGGUCCCGUGGCGAUGGGGCCAAUGACGAGCCGCAUGGUAGCAUGCCUGUCCCUCUAUCAUCGGACGGCUGUCGUAUUUCGUCCAACCACAUCCAGACCCCACCAGUCUUUCUCCCAUCCCAGAUUGGCGAUUGCGUCGAGGGGCGCAAUGGUACUGCAUUGUACCUUGACGAGACGGACGUCUGUCCCACCAGGGGGGGUGCGUGUGUUCCGCGGAGCCGAGCGGCACGGCGGUAAGAGGCUGAAGCCAUCCGGGAAGAACUGGCCCGGUCUGAUGUGAUAUGGAGAAAACGGCGUGCGUGUGGAGGAAGAGCCUGGAACGGGGUUUGGUUAGGCGAUACUUGAGUGUUGAACAAUCAGUCUUGCUCUAUGCACCGACCUGGUAGGUACCUACCUAGGUACCUAAGGCACAUUAGGCCCGCUAGGAAAGAUGCUUAGGCCGGUA